AUGCCCAUGCAGUUCACCACUUCAGAGUUUUUGUCCCAAGUACACAUUGAUGAGUGCAAGAGAAAUAUUUCCACCUGUGGUCCCAAGGGGAGCUGCAUUAACACUGAAGGGGAUUACCACUGUAAAUGCAAGCAAGGAUAUGGAAAGAGCCCUAAAGAUGAUAGAAAGCUAUGCAGAGAUAUUAAUGAGUGUAAUGGAAAUCAUUGUGAUGAAACUGCCCAUUGCAUCAACUACGAAGGAAGUUAUUCAUGUUACUGCCCGCCAGGAUAUUUCCAAUAUUCCAAUGCUGUCCAGGAAAAUAAAACAAAGAUAAAAUGCAAAGAAUUCAACUAUCCCAUACCUUCGUGGAAUAACUGUUCAGAUAAACAGAGUUUCUUUUGCAACAUUACUACUCAGCUGGGAAACCUCUUUGGUUCACCGCCAAAUGUGAGCAGCCAAAUGGAUUCGAAGAGGCAUUUGUGGGAAACACUGGACAAAGUGGACAAUCUGUUGAACUUGAUGGAGGCUGAGAAUAAGCAGCAAAGUCACCAGGUGGCGACUAAGAUAAUGGAGCUGAUGGAGGCCAGGCUCAGGAUGUUUGCGUUUUCCCUACCCAAUGGAACCACCACCAUCAAGCCCAAAGCAGGCACAAAGCUGGUGAUGGAAAUCAGGACAGCUGAGAACACAAGCCAAGGUCUGGCGCAACUGUGGCUGGAGGAAACACAGAUGGAAAUAAGCUGGGAAGCAGCAAGCAAGAAGGGAGAAGGCCCCAGUGUUGUUGGCCUCCUGUCUUAUGAGGACCUGGGAUCCAUCCUGACAGGUGCACAUGUUGAAGGAAGCGACUGGGAGCAAAUUGUAAAGUCAAAGGAAGAGACCGGCAAGCCCAACUAUAAAGUAUUGUCCAAGGUGGCAUCUGCUUUUGUAGGCCAUAAUGAGACCACUGCCCUAAGCAAUCCCGUCACGUUCUCCUUUAACCAUCCAGAACCAGAAUCAAACGUUGAGAAGGUGAUUUGUGCUUUUUGGAAGCCCACUGAAACGGGUGGAAAUUGGUCUCAAGAAGGUUGUGAACGUCUGAACAUCAGUAGUGCUAACAGGACAUAUUGCCGCUGCAACCAUCUGACCAGCUUUGCAGUGCUCAUGGCCUUCUAUGAUGUGGAGGAUUGGGGCCUGUCUAUCAUCACAAAGAUUGGGCUGGUUGUAUCUCUGAUCUGCCUCUUCUUCUCCAUCCUCACCUUCCUGUUCUGCCGUGCCAUCCAAGGUAUCCGCACCACCAUCCACCUCCACCUUUGCCUGGCCCUCUUUGCUGCCCAUGUCAUCUUCUUGGGCGCUGGGAUAUCUAGCAAUACGAUGGCAUGUGUUGUAGUUGCUGGAUUGCUCCAUUAUUUCUUCCUCUGCGUCUUCUGUUGGAUGCUACUGGAGGGUGUGCAGCUCUACCUGAUGGUAGUUCAGGUCUUCAACACACAUAGCCUUAAACACUGGCACAUCUUCCUUCUGGGAUAUGGGCUCCCAGCUGUCUUGGUGGGCAUCUCCGCUGCCAUCAACAGCAAAGGAUAUAGCAGAAAAAACUGCUGGCUUUCCAGGGAACGUGGGUUCUUGUGGAGCUUCCUGGGACCUGUCUCCUUCAUCAUCAUGGUCAAUGCUGUUGUCUUUCUUAUUACUGUCUGGAGGCUUUCCGAGAAGUUUGCUGACAUUAACCCUGAUAUGACUAAAUUGAAAAAGCAGAGGGUGCUCACAAUCACAGCCAUUGCACAGCUCUGUAUUCUAGGCAUCACUUGGAUCUUUGGCUUGUUUCAGUUCAGCAACCAAACCCUCGUCAUGUCUUACCUCUUCACCAUUUUUAACAGCCUACAGGGUCUCUUCAUCUUCCUCCUGCACUGUGUACUCAAGAAACAGGUGCGUGAUGAGUAUUACCGCUGGUUGUGCCAGGGCAGACGUGGCAAGACCCAGAGUUCUGACAAGUAUUCAGAAUUCAGUUCCACAUCCGGUUCCAACACGUUAAGGACUCCCAAAACUUUGAAAGAAUCUGGAAUAUAACAACAGUUUUCAGAAAUAAUGAAUUUCAGCACUGCUGCUUUGCAUAUAAACAUUUCCAGGGAAAAGACCCGCUGGAUAACAGAACUAUUGCCUGCUGAUUCAGACCUACUGCAAUAAGGACAGUGAAACUGCCAGAAACCUAUGAAGGGAUCCAAGCUCUGGAACCGAGCCCACAUUAAUCUUAUAUUGGUACAGGGCUUCAUCAAAUGUUCCCUUUUCUUUCAUGCUAAGGGUCUUCUCUCUCAAAGAGAGGAACAUUUCUUUUUAAAAGGGUACUUCUACAUAUGACACUUUCAUAAAAGGUCCUUCCCGUGGACAUUGGUUAGUCGUCUGCCUGGCUAUUAUGCAUCAAAAAUUUGAAGUGAAUUUUACAUAACAGGAAUGAGGUUUUUCAUCCAGUACAAGUGGCCUAUGGACUGAUCUGAUAGCAUUUCCCCUAAUGCUUAUUAAGUUAUUUUCAAGCAUAAACCUAUGAUUGUCUGCAGUACCUAUUAAGACAAGUAGAAACAGGGAUGGUAAAUAUGGUCUAUCAAGUGUAUUUAAGGAGUUAGGCAAGGCAAAGGAUUGGCAAGGAUGCUGUAAUUUAGGACUGGACAAAGAACUUCACAUUAUUUUGCUUUGGAAUUACAUUUGUCCAAAAUAUAUAAAUUUUGAAUUCCGCCAAUCAAUGAGAUUAUAAACCCAGGUCCCUUUUUAGGUAGCUAUAAAGUUGUCCUGGUUUGAAUAGUCCUGCAAAUAAAAAUGUAGAAACAGCAUGGUGUAGGCAAAAUACAGACCUUUUAGCGAAUGAUCUAAUUUUUGAUGUAGAAGGACUUUUAUUUAUUUUUAAUAGAAAACUAAGCCUUCAUUUGCAACCUUGCACACUGAGCCAGGCUUAAUUAGGUAUAAGUAAUCCUCUGCUAUAAAACUGUUUAAAUUAUAGUUCUUUUCCAUUGCCCAAAGAUUUUAAUGUUUCUUGGUGCAUUAAAUGUCUGCUAUGCUCAAAAUUCAGAUUCAGCUCAAAAGGCAUAUCUAAAUAAUCUAGCAUCUCAUGGGCUGCAUCAUAUCUGACACCUUUGAGUAGAAGCACAGAAAUAGAGAAAGAGUUUUCAUUUGAUGUUGUUUUACUGCUGUUCCCUUGAGUUCUGCAUGUGAUAACAAGAUGUAAUGCCGAAAAGGGGUACAGGAUAUAGAACAAUCUCAGCUACAAGAAUCCAGGUAAUGUUGUUUAUUCAGACAAGUAGCAACAAUUAUAAACUUGAGCCGGUGGAGUUUUUUUUAUUAUCUGGAUGGAACACUUCCAGGCAACAGCAGAGCUUGGGUUAGAUUAGAAAGUUAAAAGCAAUAUCUCAAAAGGCAGUGAUGGAAAAACUCUUCCAUGUUCUUCUAAGAAAACAACACAAAUACAAAAUCUUCAGGAGUCAUGGGUGACUCAGUUUUCCUUUUUUAAAUGAAGUUAAUGAACUUUUCUACAGUGGCCAUUCCCAGAAAAUAUUAAAAAGUUUCCUGUUUAGACCAAUUAGGUUUGAACGGUUUUCAGUAUUCCUAACUUUUUUUGUAAAGUGCUUGGUAUUUGUAUUUUAUUUGUAUCUCAGUUCCAGGUGUGCCUCAUUUACAUGUAAAUAACAAAACACCAGAGUUCACAGCUAUUUUUCUACUGAAUUUUGCUCCCAAAAUUAUUCACCAGUUAGACCUAGUCUUUGCAUGCACCUUUUGUAGUAUUGGGAAUAUGUAAAUUUGUACUUGAGACAAGGGGGGGGGAUGGAUGGAUUCAUUUUACUGAUGCUUCUACUAUUGUCUCUCAGUUUCAGUAACUGCCAUGUCUUGAAAUAUAUUCACUCUAAGAGUGCCUUUAAAGAU